UGGCAAUACUAGUCAGUGUAAUAGCAUAGAAUGCAAUCAUAUGUAGUGGUUUCAUUAGAAUUCAAAAGGAAUAUAAAUAAGAUAUAAAUGUUAAUCAAAUUGAAAUGAAACUAUUGGGAUCAAACAAUCAAUUUAUUAAAUAUAUCGAAAAAUCAGAAAAUGGUUUCUACUCUAUAGAAAUAUAAGAAGAUCCUUCUUAUUUUAUCGAUUAUAUUAUUUUCAUUUAAACAAAAGAAAAAGGUUUUGUAGCCACUCCAAGCUAAAUUAAUUUAAAAUUCCAUUCAAAAUCAUUUGAUGAGGCAAGCUCUUUUUGUAAUAAACAGUUAAAUUUCUCUAUAAAGAGAGUACCUAUGGAAGAGCCAAAAGGAUAAUAAUAGCAAUAAUAAUAAUAAAUAAAUAGAAAAAGAAAAAGAGGUUUGCUAAUAGUUCUAUAAGAAAUUAGUUAUUAUUUAGAAUAAUAUUAAGGAAGAUUCUUAAGUUUUUAGAACUACUUUGAAUUUGAAACAAAUGAAGCAAAAAUUUAAAAGUAUAAUUGGUUGUUGAGAAAACAAAAGAAAAAGGAGAAAGUACCAUUAAGUAAUUAAAUUUCGAAUAAAGUAUAUCAAAGACAGAAUUACUAACUAAAUAAGUAACUAUUGAUCCAGUAAAAUACUAUUUAUAUUUAGAUAAUAUUUACCAUAAAGAAAGAAACAUCAUCAAAAGAGUAAAAUAAGGGAUUUUAAGUAUUUGCUUCAUUAUUUAUUUUUGGAUUAGUUUUGGCUAUGUUUAAUUAUGAUAAAAUAUUUAAAAAAAAUGAUUCUAUAUCAUUCUACUAAUAGAUGA